CAAUCAUGGCUGCCAACGGCGAUUUUUCCGAUGAUGAAUCCCAGCCGGGAUCCCCCAUGCUUAAUGCGAACGGUCAUGAUGAUAUUGAAGAACAAGAGCCCCUCGACCAAGAGGAGAAGCCUCUCAAGUCUGCGAUGAAGAGUGUGCCCCCUGUUUCCCAGCCCAAGCGGCCGGAGCUGCCCGAACAGCCAGACCCCACUACCCUUGACCUGUCGACCCUGACCCCUCUGUCGCCCGAAAUCAUUGCGCGCCAGGCCACUAUUAACAUUGGUACCAUCGGACACGUCGCUCACGGAAAGUCAACGGUGGUCAAGGCUAUCUCAGAGGUUCAGACUGUCCGUUUCAAGAACGAGUUGGAGCGAAACAUCACAAUUAAGCUGGGUUACGCCAACGCCAAGAUCUACAAGUGCGACAACCCCGAGUGCCCUCGCCCAACAUGUUUCAAGAGUUUCAAGAGUGAGAAGGAGAUUGACCCUCCCUGUGAGAGAGAUGGGUGCACAGGUCGUUAUAGGCUGUUGAGACAUGUCUCCUUCGUCGACUGCCCCGGUCACGAUAUUCUGAUGAGUACCAUGUUGUCAGGUGCCGCUGUCAUGGACGCAGCUCUUCUUCUGAUUGCCGGAAACGAAACUUGCCCUCAGCCCCAAACUUCGGAACAUUUGGCAGCUAUCGAGAUUAUGAAGCUUAGCCAUAUUAUUAUCUUGCAAAAUAAGGUUGAUUUGAUGAGGGAAGAAGGAGCUCUUCAGCAUUACCAGUCGAUUUUGAAGUUCAUCCGUGGUACUGUUGCUGAUGGCUCUCCUAUUAUCCCCAUCUCCGCUCAGCUCAAGUACAACAUUGAUGCUGUCAACGAAUACCUCGUUUCCCACAUCCCUGUCCCUGUCCGUGAUUUCACCGCUUCGCCACACAUGAUUGUCAUCCGUUCGUUCGAUGUGAACAAGCCUGGUGCCGAAAUUGAUGAGCUGAAGGGUGGUGUUGCUGGUGGUUCCAUUUUGACUGGUGUGCUUAAGCUUAACGAUGAGGUCGAAAUCCGUCCUGGUCUCGUGACCAAGGACGAGAACGGCAAGAUUCAAUGCCGCCCCAUCUUCUCCCGGGUUGUUUCUCUCUUUGCAGAGCACAACGACCUGAAGUUCGCUGUUCCUGGUGGUCUGAUUGGUGUCGGUACCCGUGUGGACCCUACUCUGUGCCGUGCUGAUCGUCUUGUCGGUUUCGUCUUGGGCCAUCGCGGACGUCUGCCCGCCAUUUACACCGAACUGGAGGUCAACUACUUCUUGCUGCGCCGGUUGUUGGGUGUCAAGACCGCCGACGGCAAGCAGGCCAAGGUUGCUAAGCUGAGCAAGAACGAGGUUCUGAUGGUUAAUAUCGGUUCUACCGCCACCGGUGCUAAGGUCAUGGGCGUCAAGGCCGAUGCCGCCAAGCUGAGCUUGACCAGCCCUGCCUGUACCGAAAUUGGCGAGAAGAUUGCCAUCUCUCGCAGAAUCGACAAGCACUGGCGUUUGAUCGGUUGGGCAAACAUUAUGGCCGGUAACACGCUCGAACCUAUCCUGAACUAAGCGAGCUAUCAUGUGCGUGUAUAUGUAGCUUGACCUUACCGGGCCAGCUGGAAGGGGAAUGAAGGAAAUCCAAAUUUCUGGUUCCCUCUGUUCCUCGGACAAUAGGCCUUGAAGGGUUCAAGCUUCAUGGGGAAUCUACCACAGGAACAAAUUAAGGCAUCUGUUUUUUACCCAUGAAUAGAGAACGCAGGAGGACCAAUCGCCGUCCAUGCUUCUUGGUAGGAGUGUCAAGGGGAAGAACACUUGGGAUAUCCCGCAUUCGCGGCCUAUGCAAAGGGUCCCAAGAACCAAGAGCCCAUUAUGUCCAACGGGUGAUGGAUGGAUUGGGGGGAUAAGUUGUUACGGAUGGAGUAGGACACUACUUCUUUGACGUGUGUUAUGACGCUGUUCAGUGGAAAAAUUCUUCUAUGUUCAUUUUUAUUACUUCUUUCUUAUUCUUUCUACUUGCGUGAACCUAUGUAGGGGCUACAUAUAGGGAGAUGACGAAUGCAAUGAAAAAGUCAAGCAUUGGGUAGAUGAUUACAUAUCGGGAAGAUG